CUGCGCUGCUUUGCGCUGCGCUGCUUUGCGCUGCGCUGUGGUUGCUUUGCGUCGCUUUGCGCUGCGCUGUGGUUGCGUUGCGCUGCGUUGCGCUGCGCUGCGUUGCUAUGCACUGCGCUCCGCUCCAUCUCCGCCUCUCAGGGAGGAGCGCACCUUGUUGGGCUCAGUCGAGUCCCGUCUGUCCUCCGUGCGUAACGCGGACCGUGCGGCGCGCAGGCAACCGGAGAGACGACGCUACGCACACGAGCCUGCCGUUUGGUGGAUUAGGGAGAUAGUUUGUGAAGACACGAGAGACCGACACGAGGAAGUGAUUUGACCUUAUUCAAAGUAAAACCUGUAAAUGCUGCUGCACAGUUCGUCCAUGUGCGGACGCUCGUGGAUGAGGAGGAUGAGCGCGUUCCUGCACCUGGCGCUGCAGCUGCUGCUCUGGACGACGACGGAGGCCAUGCACCCAGACUGUGCCCUGGUGCUGCAGCACAUGAAAGCUCAGGACGAAUGCAACCAGCUGCUCCGUCAGGAGAGCAACUCCAGCAGAACAGGCUGUCCUACAGACUGGGAUGACAUCCGCUGCUGGCAUCGUGCUGAAGUGGGGCAGGUGGUCAGCGUCUCCUGCACCAACGUCUCCCAGCUGCUGGCUAAUAAUCAAGGUUACAUCUACAGGAACUGCACGGAGAAGGGAUGGUCCCAGCUCUACCCGUCCUACGAGAAGGCCUGUGAAUUUGCUGAUUAUGAGAACGCAGAACCAGAGACCACCUACUUCUCCAACUUCAGGCAGGUCUACACCGCCGGCUAUGCCACCUCCCUCAUCUCCCUGAUCUCAGCCAUUUUUGUCUUCACAGUCUUCAGGAAGUUCCACUGCACCAGGAACUACAUCCACAUCAACCUGUUCUUCUCCUUCAUCCUGAGAGCGAGCGCCGUCUUCAUUAAGGACGGCGUGCUGUUUGCAGAUGAAGACCUGGACCACUGCUUUAUGUCCACAGCGUCCUGUAAAGCAGCCGUGGCCUUCUUCCAGUUCAGCAUCCUGGCCAACUACUUCUGGCUGCUGGUGGAGGGCAUGUACCUGCAGACGCUGCUCGCUCUCACCUUCGUCUUCCACAAGAAGUUCUUCUGGUGGUACAUCCUGAUCGGCUGGGGUCUCCCAACAACCAUCAUCACCGUGUGGAUCCUCACGCGAAACUUCUACGACGACCGAGGGUGCUGGGAUGACACAGAUGUGGCCUUCGUCUGGUGGAUCAUAAAAGGUCCAAUAACCACAUCACUGCUGGUGAACUUCAUCAUCUUCAUCAACGUGAUCCGUAUCCUGGUCCAGAAGCUGAGGUCACCGGGCGUCGGUGGGAACGACACCAGUCACUUCAAGAGACUGGCCAAAUCCACCCUGCUCCUCAUCCCGCUGUUCGGGAUGCACUACAUGGUGUUUGCCUUCCUGCCGGAGAACACGGGUGCAGAAGCACGGAUCUUCAUCGAGCUCGGUUUGGGAUCGUUUCAGGGCUCUGUUGUGGCUCUGCUCUACUGCUUCCUGAAUGGUGAGGUUCAGGCUGAACUGAAGAAGAGGUUCUGGAAGUGGCAGACCCAGAGCUACCUGAGCUACACCAAGCGCCGGCGCACGCUCUUCGCCGAGUCCAGCACCAUCACCCAGAUCUCGGUUCUGGACAAAUCCAGCCCCAAAGACCAGCUGAGCUCCGAGACGCUCGCCGCCACAAACCCUCUGAGCCCCAGCGGCGACUCCACGGUCUGAGCGACGCCGGCCCGACCCGCGUCCGACCCGCGUCCGACCCGGGUCCCGACCCGGGUCCCGACCUGGGUCCCGACCUGGGUCCUGACCUGGGUCCUGACCCACUUGGGAGCCACGAGCAACAGACUGGACACUGGAGCGCGGUCCACUCACAAAACCUCUAUCAUCGACGUGCUCCUCGUGGGGUUUCACAAUAAUUUGUCUUUGUUUUGUUUUGCAAAGUGAAGUGAAAAAAGUUACUACCAAUGAAAUAAUAUUUUAUGGUUCUUUCACAUUUAACAAACAGCAUCAACACAUUUCUUUUAAAACAGCAUGAACAGAAUCUUACUGAGGGUUUUUUGUCUGUCUUGGAUUGUGCUGAAAUGGUGAAAAGGUGCUUUAACGCAUGGAGGACUUUUGCCUCAGUAUCAAAGCGACAGAUGUGUUUCACAUCUGUCUGCGCGGGAGCCGUGAGCCUCGGCCUCGUGAUGAGUCCAGGCUGGUGGUGACCUGCAGUCAGAGGCUCAGUCUCUGACACCUGCUGUGUCAAACCUCGCUUCCAUCGUCAUGUUCCACCACAGAUUCAUGAGGAUCUGAAGUUCUGACGUUUAAAGGUUUAGAGUCGCUGUUUCUUCUGUUGUUUAUGGAUGUUAAUCUCAUCUGCUGUAACAUUAUUUAAUGUGUAGAAAAUACUUGGCCUCUAGCUUUGGUGGCGGCCGUGCUACUGCUGAUGCUAACACUCAUUUCAAAGGUUUUUAUUUGGGGAGUGUCUCUGUGUUCAUGCUUUACUGUAUUUCAGUGAAUUUAAAUGUAUCGGUUCCUUCACGGAGGGUAAAUUACAGCGAGCGACCGUGACAGUGCCUUUAUCCAACAUCUGACUCGUCCUUUGCUUCAUGACUGUGUCAGCGCAGAGUGGAUGAGCUUCUGUGUCCAGUUCCAACAGUCGUGAAAGCGUGGAGACAAACUGAGACAGAAGCUUCUCACCUUCCAGUUAUGAGCAUGGUCCAUAUGUGUGACGUGUUUCUCCUACAGGGUCCAGUUUACGACAUGAUGGAAGCCUGUGCUUUGGUGUUUUCUUGGGCUUUGGGGCCGCGUUCACGGACAGGGACGUGUUAUUUUCAGAGUUAGUUCAUCUGGUGUCUCACAUCACCUGUGAAACCGCAGCCAUUGUUGUCUAAACUGAACUAAGUCCUGUGGUUUUUAGAAAACAUCACUCAAACGGGGAAAUUUUCCAUUCCAGUCCAUUUUGUUAGGGACUAUUUUCUGUGGUGAACUUAUACACAUUGCAUUCAUUUUAAUUCCAUUAAAACGCACCUGCAUUUGGCAGCUUUAACACA